AUGCAAUAUAAAAUGGGGUUGACCCUCUUUUCUAAACCUGCUUUAGAAGCACACGCCCUGUUCUCUGCCCAUCAUCCCCACCCAACCAAAAAGAUCAUCUUACCCUCUCCUUUUUCGAUUCCCGUGAGCCCCGAACAUCCCAACGCGUCCCGGUCCCCUAAACUUUUUCUUUCUUUCUUUCUGACUAUUGCCACCUUCAAAUCAGAACUUGCCCUUUUACAAGAUCAACGACAACAAUCCGGGACAAUACCACCUUUCCCUUUGCCACCCACCACCGCACUCCAAUCCUUCAACCGUCCCCGGACUUUCUUUCUUUCUUUCUUUCUUUCUUUCUUUCUUUCUUUCUUUCUUUCCUUUCCUUCCUUCCUUUCUUUGGACCCGUUUUUGACUUCUUUCUUUUUCUUUCUUUUUCUUUCUUUCUUUAAACAUUCCUUCAUUCCUUUCUUCUUUCUUUCUUUGAUGAGCGUUCUGCCUAUCCUUACAUAUUUCUUUGAUAUAUUUUUUAUUUCUUUUCGUUUUUCUUGUUAA